CACACCAGCACCAGUGAGCUGACCUCUCCCAGACAAACAUGAAGCUGAUCGUGCUGGUGGCGAUGGUGGCGGUGGCCGCCGCUCAGGAUAGCCUGGCGCCCGUGCCGUACGUGGCUGGCAGCGACAAGGAUGCCGAGAUCAUCAAGAACGAUUUCAGCAUGGAUGAGGCGGGUGGCUUCACGGCCGACAUGGAAACGUCCAACUCGAUUCAGCAGUCGGCCACCGGCACCAGCUACCCGGGCAACGAGCCCGAGACUGGCAGCUACGUCAUGAGCGGCUCUUACUCGUACGUCACGCCCGAGGGCCAGACCAUCACCGUGACGUGGACAGCCGACGAGAACGGCUACGUGGCCGAGUCGGACGCCAUCCCCAAGCUGCCGGCCGAGCAGCAAGCGGCUAUUGAUGCCUCUAUCGCCGCUGCACCGGCCGAAGACCUCGUCUUGUAGAUUUGGGCUGCAAGCCUCGCCUGUCCUCACCGCUCACGUACGUCCGUCUUGAUCAGCCAUUUCUCGUCUGAGAGAGAUCGCCCGGGCAUGCCGUGUCCGCGCACUCUCUGUAUAUGUGCCAUCCGUGAACACAAGCAACAGUGAGUGCAUAUGUCGGGUGUUCGCCAAUAUACCGUCCUCUUAUCUGUGAGACUGGUGUGCGGCCGUGUUCGAAAAUCGCCUUUGCCGCGCUACGGCGAACUGGAGCAGGACUCAGUGGCGAUAUCAGGGCAUUGUGAAAUUUUCUGUGCGGACGGAGAGCCGAGCCCAAGGAUCGCAUUGCCUGACGACCAUUACAAAGGACAUCAGCCACUGCACAAUGCUCGUCCUUCCUUCCAUUCAAAUGCUCGGAAACAUUUGUGGUACUUAGACAUGGCACGCAAAGACAUGAGCUUGUUACAAUAAAAUUGAAACGCAGCUUGAA